AUGGGAGGGGACGGGGCGGAGAGCAGUCCGGAAGGAUUCCCCUCCACAAACCUCGUGGAUCCCGCAGUCGAGGCUUCAUUAUUUCCGCGGCUGUCUGGCGGCCGUCGAUCCCAGCAUCCGGACGGCUCGGCCAUUGAAGAGCCGAAAACCCAAAUGGUACAUAUAUCUCGCCCUGCUAAAACGGCUUCGUGGGGUUUUUUGACCUAUAGCAACUGUUUCCCGCUGCGGGUUGGGGAUGUUACCUCCCCCCGGGCCGCCUCGUUGAAGAAGGGUGACGAGAUUGUGGAGAUCAACAAGGCGAAGCCGAAGGAUUAUGAGGACGCGAUGCAACUUUUUCAACGGGCUCGGUUAAAUUUGGAGCUGCGUCUAUGCCGCAGGUCGGUUGGAGGCAAACACCCCCAUGUGGUGCGCAGCCACAGCACAGGCAGUUCCGAUGUCACAACACCUGCAGAUGCGGCGGGCGGGGUGGCGGCAGCCGUGGCCUCCCCUUCUCUCCCAGGCCAUCAGGGCGGCACAGAAGCUACACUGUCACCUUUUCAUGAAACACCACGGACGAGGCCAGGGGAGGGGAGGGCGCGGUACUCUGCCGAGAUGGCAUUGGAGAAACUCCUGCGCGAGGGUGGCGCGAAUGGAUUUGGUGGCGACAGUGCAGCUGAGCUCGAUGGAACGCUCUCCCCGCUGCCGGAGGCUUUCUCCGCGGCGGUUGAUGAUGACAUUGUGAGGGUCUGGAGCCGUGUCUUCUCUAGAAAACGGGCUCGAACUUCCGACGGGCAUGCUGAAUCUCACUACGCGGAGGUGAGUGGUGUUCUGCCGAGACCUGUGCGACAGGCUAUCUACGACCGUUCUAGUUGCCCUUUUUCUGCAGAGGAGGGGUUCACGUCGGAGUUUCACGCUGCGGUGCAGCACACAUUGACGGCGAGCGCCUUGUCAAAUGGACGAGAACUUAAUUCACAGGGCACUGCCAAAGCAGCCUUGAUGGCCAGCCACGGCAGUCAGCCUCGCAGUGUGGAGGCGGUGGUGGAAGGGGUAAAACGCAUAGAUGAGCAACGCGAGGAGGAGGUUGCACGAAGCCUAGCAGCAAAAGGAGCGGCACAAUGCAACGAAGAGCUCGAUGCAAGUCAUCAUUCUAUGCUGCGCGUGGUGGCGUCGCAUCGCCACAUGCGAGAGGAAAAGCGACGUUAUGAGGAGGAGAAGUACCGCCAAACGGAGGCUACUGCGAAGAAGUUUCUGCUCCAGUACAUGGACGCAACUUCAUCGAGCAGAUCGAUGCCGGGGGUAAAACAGCGGAGCCGUCGUGGGUACCACCACGUGGACACACACGACUUGCAAAGGUACGAACUCCCCUCUCCACCUCCUCCUGUGGCUGGCGUGGCUUCUGGGUGUCCUUCGACUCCUCCGCCUCUGCCUCCGCCACUACCGUAUUGUAAUUCCUUUCCCGUGACUGAAGGAACGCGUCACGCUGAAGGCUAUUCGAGUCGUCUCUUGCGCUUGCCAACGCCCCCUCCGCCCCCUCCGCCACCGCCGCUGCCGCCGCCACCAUGA